ACACAAGCAGAACUGGUUAUGAAUGCUGGUGUGCGAAAGACGGAAGAUUUUCUGAUUGAUUAAAACUUGCUGAAGAAGAGCAGCAGGCAGAAGACCAAGCAAAAGAGCUCCAUUUGUGUGACAAUCAUGAGAUGUCCCAAAGGUCUCCAUUUUCCAAGGACUCCAGUUCCAGUAGGUCCCCAUCCUUUGAGGAUUCUAAUCACAGCCCCGAUUCUACUAUCAACAAGGAGAAUACCUUGCCAAGCUCUGAGAAAUUUGAAGAGGAAAGUAGUCCAGCACCAGAAGUUCAUGAAGAUUUAAACAAGAGAGUGGUUAACACCAUGACAGGAUUCACUUUUGCUGGUAGUUUUACUGGAGAAGGAUUAGAAGAUGUUAUAAAGAAGUUGAAAGAGUGCCUUUUAACGAAGGAUAUGGAACUCAAUGACAUAAUCAGUGUAAAAAUGUACAUAAAUGAUAUGCACCAGUAUGCGCAGUUGAAUGCCCAGUACAUCAAAUAUUUCACUGUGAAUCCACCAGUUCGCUUUGUGGUUGAGGCUCCUCUCCCAGCCAGUGCCCUUGUACAAGUAGAUGUUGUUGGAUGGAAACAUAGUUAUGUCACACCUGUGGAAGAAGACCAAGUAAAACCAGUAUACCGAACAACUAUGCAUGUGCAGAGUUUAUCCCACUGGGCUCCAGCAAAUAUUGGACCAUAUAGUCAAGCAGUCAAGGUUGGCAAUGUAAUUGUUGUUGCUGGGAUGAUAGGAUUAGUACCUGGAACACUGCAAGUUAUUCCAGGGGGAGUUGAGGUCCAAGCACGCCUUGCUCUUCGUCAUAUAUCAAGGGUCAUAACAGCAAUGGCUCCUUCAGCAGACAUCAGAGCUGUUGUACAGGGUGUAUGUUUUGUAACAAAGCUAUCCGAUGUUGCUGUAGCUCGGCGAAUGAUGGCACGACUGAGUGAAUCACAGAUCACAACUUAUGUUGUGGUCCCAGCUUUGCCACGUGCAACUUUAGUAGAAUGGCAUACGUGGGGAUGCACUGAAAACAAUAAAUUUGAAUAUGAAGAGAAAGGAUACACAAGAGGAAGUGUCAGUGUUAGAGUAAGGCGCAGAUGGUACCAUGACAAUUCAAUGUGUGCUGUAAAUGCUGUUACAAGUUCUAUAUCAUCAGAAGAUCUUACAUCGAACAUUAUCGAAGAAGUUAUUUGUUAUACGCUCACUACAGCUGAUGCAUCGCUACCACUAGAACUUACCUUGUAUUACUGUUGUGGUUGCUUAAUGCGCACAUUACUAAUGCAAGCAGUGAAGAGAGCCGUCCAAAGUGAUUUGGUGUCUUUGUCGUUAGUCCCAGUUUUAGCACUCGAAGAUAAAUAUUCCUAUUUGGCAGUAACUGCUCGACGGCAUUGAUUUGAAAUUUGUGUACAGUAUAUUUACUAUUUCUAAUUUUGUACUGCUUAGUAAAGAAGGGACAUUUAGUUAUAUUUUAUUAAAAAAUUUUAGUUAACUGAAAUGGUUUUUGCAGUGUUCUUGUCAAAACUUAUAUUUGCUAAAAAGUCACUCUUCAA